AUGGCUCCAAACAUCCACCAUACACCACUAGUUCCAACCACCAUUGAGGACAAUCGAAUACGAUGUGCAAUCUUGGGGACAGGAAUGAUGGGGCAAGAGCACAUCAGUUACAUAUUGGGAUACUCUGAUGAAGUUCGUCUCGACUUUCUUUGCGACCCUUUCGAGAAAUCAUUGACAGAGGCAAGACGAUUGAUCAUGGAUAGCCCGUAUCACGAACCAAAGUAUCUGUCGAAUGAGGAAGAACUCCUAGCAAGCGCCGGAGAGAUUGACCUCCUUGUCAUUGCAUCACCAAAUUAUAUGCAUACACCUACGUUAUUGAGAUGGGGCGUUUAUAACAUCACGAUUCUAUGUGAGAAGCCGGUAUCAGUUUCCCAGGACCAGCAUGACGAAUUGAUUGCGGCAUCCAAGCUUCCCGAAUGGUCGGCUCGCUUGUGGAUUGCCAUGGAGUAUCGCUACAUUCCUGCAAUUGCCAAGCUCUUGUCUUUGUUGCCUGAGAUCGGAGAGCUCAAAAUGGUGACUAUUCGUGAGAACCGAUACCCCUUUCUCCAUAAGAUCGGGGAAUGGAACCGUGAUCGAUCAAAAACAGGGGAUACUUUGGUCGAGAAAUGUUGCCAUUUCUUUGACUUGUUCCGGCUAAUCACCAGGAAAGAAGUGGACCUAUCAAAGGUCCGGGCCUUGGCUCAGAGAGGUAUCAACUAUGGCCACGAAAACAACCAAUUCGAUGUUCCCAUUCUGGAUUCCGCAUACGUUACAAUGCCAUUUCGUGCUGAAGAUGGACGUUGCAACACCGUUGGCUGCCUUGAGCUAUGUAUGUUUGCAGAAGGUUCUCGUCACCAAGAGGAGAUCAUUGUGACUGGUAGCAAGGGGCGAUUGGAAGCCUACCUUCCAGAAAACAAGGUUUUCAUGUAUCGAAGACCAACAAUGGAAGAGUGGCAAGACAGAAGUAUCCCACCACCCAAGUCGUGCAUUCGUGAACAGGUCUUUGACUGCUCCAACGUCAAGGAUAUCCAUGGGAUUGCUGAGGAUAUUCCAACACAUGGUGGAUACCAUUAUUGUAGCACAGCUGUGGAGUGGUACUACCUCUUGGCAGCGGUGCAAAAGUAUAAAGAUGGUUCAAAGUUCCAACCACAUGUCUCGCUUUCAGAUGGGUUGAAGGCUGUGGAGAUUGGAAUCCAAGCGACUUCAACACUCGCUGAUGGUAUGGUGAGUGACUGCCGCGAUAUUUAG